AUGGUACAAGAUCGGCACUCUUACAGGAAGAGGGUCAGAAUAAGACUAUCGCAACUACCACCAAAGACCCUAGUCGUUACUAUAUUGCUAUUACUCUCCUAUAUAUGUACUACAAAUGCUAUGACAAUCCAUGUCUCCUUUGCUGGAGCUGGACCAGCCCCACCAGGCCUGUCACCCAACAUCUCCAGAACUAUACCAACUGAUUUUGUUGGUUUCUCAUUCGCUUGGGGUGACUUCCAGGCUGUAUUCGCAAAGGACGACGGCACCCUCAAUGUUCAAGUACUUCGAUUGUUGCAAAACCUGGCAGACUCGGCUGGUCCACCUGGAAUGUCGAUCGGUGGUCCUUCUUCUGAACUCGUCUGGUACAAUUCUUCAGUGCUUCCCCGACCUGCUGCUGCGACAGUCAACAUGACAUCAAAAAGCAUACAGAUAGUAGAUCGAGUCGCAACAGCCGCAGGUGUACGCAUAUUAACCGGAAUCACCAUGCUCUCAUCCACCAGAACUGCUAGUGUGGAAUUAGCAAGAGACGGGAUAUUGGCCAAUGUCGCUUUAUCCAACUUGGCAGGUCUAGAGUUGGGUAGUGAACCAGAGAAUUGGGUUGCCUUGGGCUACCGUCCAGCGACUUGGAAUUACAACCCAGAUUACUUGGCAGAAUAUGUCUCUUUGGCUAGUGAUAUUGAAGCAACACUGCCGACAGUACCAAUGCCCUUGUUUGCUGGACCAUCAGCUAGAGAUCCAAACGAUGUGUUGCCCUUCCUAGCCAAUAACUCGACGAUGAAUACGACUAGGCUGGUCACCUUCCAUAAAUAUGCACUAUCCGCUUGUGCGGAUAAUGAAUCUCCUGACUUGUCACCAACAGGAUUAUUAGCAGACCCACCAGAUGCUGGUUAUCCUUACCUUGCAUCGAUGGUCUCGAGCAAGGCCAAUAUUGUAGUGUCUCAAGCUGGACCAGUGGAAUGUGCAAACCUAGAUGCAGCCUCUUCGGUAGGAACAGAAUCCUUCUCAGUUGGUCUAUGGGCAUUGGACUUGAUGCUUUAUUUGGCUUGGGCUGGAGUACGUGGUAUACGGUUUGGUGGAGGCGCACUUGUCAAUGGGACAUCAAUCACUGGCAAUAUUGGUCGCGGUGCACCGUUUAUUGUCAGGAAUACUACUUCGGGCUUGAAUGCUGAAGUACGACCUAUGUAUCUAGCCAUGUUGGCCUUCAAUCGUGUCUUAGGUAACACUGGUGCUGCGGUUGUAUUAAAACCAUCAUCCUCAGACGCAACGAAUAACGCAGUCAAAAUCUGGGCUGUUGCAAACCAUCAAGCCGCGCGUGGUGCCGUAAUCAUAAUUCAUCGAGAUCCUGAUGGCUCACCCAUCACCGUCUCCUUUACUUUGGGGGCCACGUCACCUAUAUCUGAUACUGGAACAGGAAGAGUAGAGGUACUUGCCCCGAUUCCUGGUGCCCCAGCCAACUCAUCAGGAACGCUGGCAAAUCAAAAAUUCGAUGGAUCGUGUGAUGGACGCCCUGUUGGUCAAUACCUCGCUCAAGUGCUGGGAGGGAACAAUGGUGCUUAUCAAGUAACACUACAACCUGGAACUGCAGCAAUCAUAUAUUUAGGAGGCGGAAACUUUGACCUGACGUAUCCGAUCGAGUCUGGAAAAACUUGUGGUAACGAUGCUGGUUCAGGAGUUGGUAGCGCAAGUACCGUCGGAGGCGGGGGGUUCACCUCUGCAUCUACACGAUUGCACCUGCAACAUAUUAUCUUGACCAUUUUAGUGUACGAUUGCAAGAAAUAA